AUGGGUAAAGCCGGCCGUUUCGCGUGUAUCCUCACGCCCAUGCUCUGCACACUGGCCUCGCUGGUGUGCACCGUCCUCGUACUCGUCGGAGGAACAAACAAGUCCUCAUCACUCGCCUCUAACCUCUACUUCUUCUCCAUCGACACCCGCAACCUAACCCUCAGCGAGAACGUCGACCUCCCCACCUCCCUCUUCGACGACGAUGUCAAAACCGGCUUCGGCAACCUGACCGCCAAAGACCUCAACCUGGCCGACUUCUACACCUCCUCCCUCUGGAACUACUGCUCCGGCACCAUCGACGAGCACAACAGCUGGACCGUCACCGAGUGCGGCAAGCCCAGCGCAACCUACAGCUUCGACCUCAUCCAGAUCCUCAACGCCAGCAUGACCGCCGACGAGCUCGACUUCCCCGACUCCGUGCAGAAGGUCAACAAGGCCGUCGGCGCCGCCUCAAAGGUCAUGGCCGCAAUGUACGUUCUCGGCCUCAUCUCCGGCGUCGUCACCUUCGCCAUCGGCUGGUUCGGGCUUCUCUCGCGCUGGGGCAGCUGCGUCACGACGAUCCUGGCAGAUGUGUCGUUCUUCUUCUUGUUGGUGGGCAGCAUCAUCUCCACUGCGCUGUACUACACGAUGCGCACGGUGUACGAUAAGGCGUUCAGCCAGUUCAAUCUCGUGGCCGCGACGGGUAACCAGAUGUUUACGCUGACGUGGCUGGCCGUGGCGUUUGCGCUUGCUGCGAGCGUGUUCUGGAUGUUCUCGACGUGCUGCUGCUCGGGCAAGAGGGACCGCGUGAUGAAGACGGACCACGGGAAGACGAAGGGGCCCGGUGGCCACAAGUAUGAGAGGGUUGCGGCGCCGUAUGUGGGUGGAAGUGGGUCGGCGCUGCCGAUGUCGUCGGUGGGGAAGCAGCAGCAGGCGGGUUUUGAGCCGUAUAGACAUGCGUAG